AUGACUGCGUACAAGAGACAGAUCUGUGGCCUGCGAGCACUGGCCCAGCUCAGCUGCUGGCACUUCCUCCUGGCCCUCCCUCCCAGCUCCUUUCUGUGCCAAUCAAACCACUGCUUCCUUCCUGCAGACCAGAAAACAGAAAACUCUUGUCCUUUAACUGACCAACAUUUUGAUAGAAGCCCUUCAUUAUUCAUAAGACUGUGGCAGUUAGCCUUGGGCCGACCUGGGCGUCAGAAGACCACCGGUGCCCUUUCUCCUGUGGAGAACAAGCCUGGGCCGUCUCAGGGCAACCGCAGGCUCUCCCCUUAG